AUGCCGCCCCCCGUCUCCGAUGAGAUGUCUGAUGAAGACAUUGGUGAUAUCCCUUUCAAGAAUGGCGCCAACCCCGAGAACUCCGUCGAAGAGAACCAAGACGAGGAGGAUGAAGAUGACGAAGAGGGCGUCUACGUUGUCGAGUCAAUCCGAGAACAUAAUUUUCUACCAAACGGCAAGCUUCAACUUUUGGUGAAGUGGAAAGGAUAUGACGAGCUUGCGGAUCAUACCUGGGAGCCAGAAGAGAACCUGGAGGAAGGGGCUGAGGAGGUCCUUACGGAGUACUUCAAGAGCAUUGGUGGUCGGCCCAAGAAGCCAGCAGCCAAAGCUGGGCCAGGACGGAAGCGGAAGUCCAUGGGGGAAUCUAAGGCCACAUCUGCGACCCCAUCCACCGAGCCCAAGAAGCGAAAACGGUCCACAAACGCCCAAGAUCCAACCCCCGAGACCGAGCCCGAGGCCAAGGUAGACGAGACUGAAGAGGAAAGCACCUGGGUCCCUAAGGGUAAGAAUUGGGAUAAGGAAAUUGACAGCGUGGACACAAUAAUCCGCGAUCAGGAGACCGAAGGGCUUUACGCAUUCCUUAUUUGGAACAAUGGCAAGCGGUCAAAAGUGUCAAUCGAGAGCUGCUACGAAAAGUGCCCCCGAAAGAUGCUCCUGUUCUACGAAAGUCAUCUGGUGUUCAAGGAGGGUUGA